AUGGCUGCGGAAGUGCAGAACUCCAGGAUAGAGACCAUACUGCGGUGGCAGCCCAUUGAAGGGAUCUACUACCCAAACUUCAUCAAGGAGUCCGCGAUACGGCGCUUACAGCAGUGGGAGGGCAGAGCAGGAGACGUCUUCCUGGUCUCCAACUUCCCUGUUAGAGGUUUGCAAAGAGUCCUUACCUGUUUGGUGGAGGGUCGCGACAACCCAUGGGAGGGUGGACUGCUUGACAAGCCCUACUACUGCGAAGCUGGAGCCUCUAAGCGAGGCGUCGAUGCGUACCUUGGUGAAGCGAAUGAUUGGAGCUUCCGACGAUGCUUCAAGACGCACGCGUUUCCGCACCUGUUUCCCUGUCGCUAUCCAUUCCCACGCCAUACCGGCGAUGGAGUUCCGCCCAAAGUUCUGGUCCUGGUAGCUGACCCUCGUCAUGCGUUCGCUGUCUGGUGGCAAACACUGGGCCAGCUAGAGCCCGACGUAUCACUUGAGUUGGACUUCGGACUCUUCUUGAAAGUUGUGGCACAACAGGGGUGGACCCUCUUCGGCAACUAUGUCGAGCAUGCUACUGCCUGGGCCAGGGAAGCAGAGCUGCAUCCGGACAAUGUGCGACUAUGUAUUGCCGAUCGAUUAGGCUCUCUGGAUCCAGAAGAAGUGCGGGAAGAAAUGCACAACAUCGCAGAUUUCCUGAUGAUCUCGCGGGACAGAGCAGAUCGUGUGGUGGACGCGAUCUUUUGCAGACCACCGGAUGCAUCCUCCGCCUUGUCCAAAGACAGACUGGUGGACCAUGCCGUGCUUCAGGGAGGUCACAUUGUGGAAAACACGGGCAGGAACCUCUACCAGUUCCAAGAUGCUUAUCACUCAGUGGAUGGGCUGGUGCAAGACAUUUGGCGUCAAAUGUUUGUCACGCUUUGCCGUACGGGAAGCUCAUGCCUGCAGGAGGUUGCACAGAAGGCUUUGCAAGGUGGAGCCUCGCUCCCGCCUAUGGUAAAGACUGGUGCCUUUCGCGGCGAGGACGCUCACAAUGCCGGCACAUGCCGACCUUGCGUCUUCAACCUCCGUGCUUGGACUGCACUUGCAAGCACGGUGGAGUCUGUCGAGACUCUGCAGAGAUCUGCUUCUACUGCCAUAUGGAUGGGCAUGAAAGGACCUGGGCACGCCAUUCAGGCGAAUCCGCCAAGAGUGGACCUCAACAUCUUAAACAUCCUGGCAGAGGUUCUGAUAGAGAUGCGCGAGUUUGAGAAGCGACUUGGCGGCAACAGCUCCAGCAGCUCCAAGGAUGUUGUGCUGCAUGCCUUGGACUCCAAGGCAGAGACCGCCAAGCGUCUAAAGACCAGGUUCACUGUCCAGAUUCUGCUGAGCUAUGCCAUGGCUUCGGCAAUUGCCCGGCAGAAGAUAAACAUGCUUCGGGACUUGGAUAGUCUUGAGAACAUCGAUGUGUUGUUCACACCGCCACGGGCAGGGCGAGGUCCAAGCACCAUUCGACAGGUGCUGCUGAAGAAGCUGCACAAUUGUCCUGUCGACAUUGUCGCAAUGCUGGCAGUUGCUAUGUGCCAGAUCCCGCUUUCAGCUCAGCCAGAAUCUGACAGCGCAUAUGAUGCGAACAUCAGCGAGGAUCCUGUCUACAACUGCGCAUUAGAGGUUGUUCUGUCCCAUCCGCCAGAAUCGCACUCUGACCUCCAUUUACUGCUGGUGGAUGCGAUGCUUGCCGACGAGGGCACCACAGCUGACACAGUCAGCAGUCGGUGGCUGCGGAGGGCUAACGUUCGAAGGUGGUCUGCAGAGCAAGCUCACCGAAUCUUAAAUCUGCUGGAAGCUGCUGAUGUGGAUGUUGACCUCCGCGAGCGCCAGGCUAUGUGCAGAUGGCGCCUGGGUCAGGUGGAAGAAGCUGCAGUUCAGCUAGAAUCCUUGCUCGAGGAUCCUGGAGAAAGAACGGAGGCAGAGCUUCGCAACAUGAGGUUGAGCAGUUUUGACAGCAAGCAGGAGUUGCAGCGCAGCAAUGCCCUCCCGCCUCCGCUCAGUGCCGCAGAGCGCAAAACCCUGUACAAGGAGCUUCACGGCUAUCGUCAAGAGCUGUCUGAGAUCAUUGAUCGUGCGUUGAACGCCGCCGUGGCAGCCAAAGAUGUGGCCCGGUACGACUGCGAGCUUGAUUUCAAGCGGCUCAACGCGCGAAGCAACAGCGCAAAAGAGAGCGCAGCCCCACAGGCCGUGGAGGACGCUAAGCCAACCGCCGGAGAAGAGGAGCCUUCGCAGGCUGCCCAGGGUGGCGAUGCAUCAUCUCCGCAAGUGCCUCCUGACCCAGGUGCAGACAGCAUUCUACUGAUCAAAACCACGAAGGUGCGAGCCCCAAAGGCAGACGGGGCACCAAAGGCCUCAAGCAUCCAUCGCUUCAAAAGACGGCACAUGGGAAUACAGACAGUUGAAGAUAUGUUUGGCUUCGAAGCUUACCUUACCAUGGUCAAGCACGGGGCCAUGAUAAUUCGUGCCUUCGCCAGGUCCAAGAAAGAGUCAAAGUCGCGAGAGGGCACUGUCCAAGCUGCACAGGCAGUCGAAGUUUGCGAGAUGAUCCUAUCCAAUCGAAAACUUGUCGCUCAGAGAAAUCCCGUCAAGCGGCGCAUGCUGCGGGAUUUGGCCAUGAUGUCACUGUCCGUAGGAUUUGAAGCGCGGUUAUGGAGAGUGGUCUUCAAGCACCUCCGCAGCAUUUGUGACCGCAGCGGAAGUGACCAUGUGGUGGCUUUAUGUUCGAGACUGCUGUUCACACAUGCAGACAUUGACGGCAUCGGGUCUGGACAUGGCCACAAAGACCGUGGAGAUGCAGCCCCAUGGGAGCAGGAAAAGUCGCGCAAUGCAGCCUGGGGUCACCGCCAUACAUAUGCUGCAGCAUUCACUGACGUACGCAGCUGGGCGUUGCGCAAGCUAUUACGCAGGCCCCGUGCCUUCGGCCUUACGCUACUCUGCGCGCACUUCUGCAUCAUCGCCUCCCAGCACCCUCAGUUGCAAAAAAGCUCUCUUCGUCGCACACGGCAAACCUAUGUGAAUUGA